AUGACUUUACCUUAUUUACCAGAUGAUUGUAUUUAUAAUAUUUUACAAAACCUUCAAAGUGAACGUUCAACUUUAUUUAACUGUUUAUUAGUUAAUCGAUUUUGGUGUAAAUCAACAAUUCCUUUACUUUAUGCAAAUCCAUUUGUAAAUAUAACCGGAAAAAAUUACGCAAUAAUAUUGACCUUAAUUCUUUGCUUUGAUAAAGAAGAAAUAUUACAAUUAAAGAAACUGUUAAAACAAAAUCAAAUCAAUAUUAAUAUUGAUGAAGAACACAAACCAUUAUUUGAAUAUCUAAAAUAUUUGAAAAAUUAUAAUUAUUUGGUAAUAAAUUCUGCAAUUGAGAGAUGUUUUAUAGGAGCAAUUACUCAGUAUAGAAUAAAGUAUUAUAGUAAUUAUACUAUUCCAAUAUUUCCAAUAUUUCAUCAAUCAAUUUUACGACAUAGUAUAAACGUGAAACAACUAGAUAUUUCUUCAAAUAUAUUUUAUAAUAAAGGGUUUAAAAAUCUUGAUAUUCAAAAUUUCACAUCAAAUUUAACAAAAUUAAAUAUAUUAUCAUUAAAAUUUCAUUUAAAUGAUAACUUAAAUGAAAUCGAACAAGAAUUUUUAGGUAAUAUAGCGAAUGUUUGUUUAAAUUUGAAAAAAUUAAUAAUUCAAGUUCAUGGUCAACGUACUAUUUUCAAUAAUUUGUCUAAUACCAAUACUAAUAAUAUGGAAAAGCUUUGUACAAUUAUUCAAAAGCAAAACAAACUUAAAUAUUUUAAAAUAACAAGUUGGCAUCUUUUAUUAAAUAAUAUUCUUUUAUCUUUAGAAUUUCAAAAGCAUUCCUUAGUUCAAAUCGAAUUUAUAGAUACUGACUUUAAUAAUAAUGUUGGUUUGAAGAAUUUUAAAAAUCUAUAUAAUUUAAAAUAUUUAUAUUUUGUAACUUGUAAAAGUAUACUAUUAGAUCAAUGUGAGGGUUUAAAUUUUGCUUCACUCAAAGGAUUAUCACUUAAAAGAAAUAUUUGGAAUAAUGAUGUCACAUCAUUAAUGAUCAAAUAUUUAGGUGCAUCAUUAAAAAGCUUAUUAAUUGGAAAUCUGUCAAAACCUCUUAUUGAAAAUAUAUUGAUGUUUUGUUCAAAUCUUAUUUUAUUAAGAAUAACAUUUUUUUUUAAUUUUAAUUUUGAUUUAUCAAUAUUAUCAUAUUUUAAAAAUUUAAGAAUAAGAACAUUAAUUAUUAAUAUUUCUUAUAAUAGUCAUGAAUUUUUUAUAAAUUUAGCAAAUAAUAUACCUAAUAAUAUUACUGAGAUUUCUAUUCAUUCUCAUUGUUACAAUAGGUUAUUAAGAUUUAAGGAUUUUUUAGAAAAUUGUCAUAAUAAUUUUAAAAUAAUUAAUCUAAAUUAUUUUAUUAAAUUAGAAUUUCUUAAUAUUGUUUUGAAUUAUAUUGAAAGAAGUAAUAAUAGUUUAGAAAUUCUUGGUAUGCAAAAAUUAGAUAAAGAAUUGAAUGAUGAGGAAUCAAAAUUAUUGAAUCAAAUUAAAGAUAAAGGAGUUAAAAUAGUGGAAUUUAAUAUUUAUAAUGAUAAUAGAUUUGAUAUUUGUGAUGAUUAUAAAGAUGUAUAG